UUGCGCACUGCGUCAUAUAGUCAUACUUAUCAUUUAUGAAUCAGCUGACGAAGAAAGAUUGUUCCUGCAAAUUUUAACCGUAUUGAAAGAAAAAAUAAAAAAGUAUGUCGUUAAACACAGCGCACGCUAACGGCGGUGUUUUAAUACACGCUGGAGAAUGCAUAUUAUUAUUUUGUGAUCAUGUCACAAUGGAAUUCCAUGGACAAGAACAAGCAGAAUUUAUUGGUAGCAAACGUGGCAGAUUAUAUUUAACUACACACAGAAUGAUUUUUAAUGCCAAAGAUCAAAAGGAAAAAAUGCAAUCAUUUAGUUUCCCAUUUAUAACAUUGAGUGAAGUUGAAGUAGAACAACCAAUGUUUGGAGCUAAUUACAUCAAAGGUAAAUGUCGUGCUCAACCAAAUGGCAAUUGGAUUGGAGAAUGCAAGUUCAAAUUACAUUUUAAAAGUGGUGGUGCAAUAGAAUUUGGUCAAGCUAUGUUAAGAGCAGCAGCAAUGGCUCAACAAAAUGGACCUGUAAAUGAUGCUCCACCACCAUAUCAACCUCCAACAUCAAAUUGGUAUGCAGCACCACCACCUGCUUACCAAGCAGCACCAACAGGAUAUUAUGGAUGGCUACCACGAAAUGAUGCUUUUUCAGAUACACCACCAGCCAAUAGCGUAUAUAUGACGGAUAUGCCACCUCCAUAUCCUGGUAUAAAUACACCUUAUCAAGGAUAUGCAAAUGUACCACCACAAGGUGCAUGGGGAAAUUCCAGUCAACAGCCUGGUUGGACACCACCUCAACAAAAUGGUGCACCUGGGUGGGCUAAUCCAAGUUAUAAUGCCCAACCAAUGUCCCAAGCAGAUGCAAAAGCAGCAGAAGCUGCUCAAAGUGCUUAUUAUGAUCCAAAUAGACCACAAUGUGCCUAUGUUCCACCUCCUGCGUACUAUGAAAGUCCACCAAGUUUCCAGCAAGCAACAGAGAAGAAAGAUCAAUAAUAAUGUAUUCUCAAUGUGAAAAUGUUGCUAAAACAUCAACAUAAUGUUGUUGUUCAAUUAGUAUUAUAUGUAUAAUAUGCUGCUACAUAGCAACAGGUAUAUGCAUUCCAUUUUAGAUUCUGCUGUAUUGUUGUUUUGGUGUGUGUAAUAAAACGAAACAAUAUUUCUAUCUUUCCUAUACUAUUCACAAUUUUUGAAUAUACUAUGUAUUGUACUUUUAUGUUUCAAAGUACACAAGUAUUACUUAUACUUACUAUGUAAAUUGUAUAAAUGAUCUAUUAAAAAAAACUUUGUUGUGUUUUAUGCAAUUAAAUGGAUAUAUAAAAUAAAAAAGUUGCUAUGCAUAUAUACAUAUGAAAAAAAAAU